AUGGUGUUUAAAAUGGAAGAAGACUUGGGUAGAAUAAAAUCUUUACCAUUGUCAUAUCUUCCUCUAAGAACUCGCGAACUGUUAUCAUGCCUGUUGGAUACUCCAAAAAUCAUCCCAACCGAUGGACCUGUAAAGCUGCCCAGAGACUGGCGGGGCUUGGCUGACUUAGUCAAUGUGUCGUCUGAAAGGGCCGCCUACAUCCGCUUACAACCACAAAAGACUGUGAAAGUAUUGGAAAUAUGGCAGAAAGACAGCUCAGCAACAGUUGGACACCUGAUGCAGCAUUUGGAGCGCUUAGACCGCUUCGAUGUGUACGAUGACUUAUGUGAUGAUCUCAAAGAAGCAAUUAGUAAGGGAGAACUCUUAGAUAAGCCACAAGCAAAUGAACAAAAUCAAAUAGCAAUAAUUAACAACCACAUUAACAACAAUCACCACAUUAUCAGAACCAAUGAUGAAGAGAGAGAUUUUGACCCUAUAACAUUUGAUGACGGCCCAGAUUAUGAGCACCACUAUGAUGCAUUCGUGCUUUAUGCUAAGGAAGAUCAGCAGUUUGUUAACGAGCUGCUGUCUAGAAUGAGUGCUGAAGGGUUUCAGCUGUGCACAGAGGACAGGCUACAGCCGGGCCACGCGACGCCAUACGCACCUAUAACGAAGCUCAUGUUGGAGCGGUGCAAGAGAAUUAUCCUCAUCUGCUCGCCAGACUUCCUACUCGUCGAGUCUAACAAGUACUACAGCGAGUAUGCACAGGCUGUCAGCAUUGAGUCACACAACCACAAGAUAAUCCCGAUAAUGUACCGCGAGUGUAAACUACCAUCGAACCUGGCGUUCGUCCACAAACUGCACUACAAUAAAAACGAGAACAUGUACGACUUCUGGCGGAAACUGAAACAGUCGCUUCAGACCGCACGAGACACGCCGAUUAGACCACGGAUCGCUAACAUUAACAAAAAUAUCGUGGAGCUACUGCCGAGCAAUGUCAUCGCGGAUUACUCGGACGAGCAGCUCUUCCUCCCGAGUCCUCCAAACACGAGCCUCUCCAUGAGCUCGCUGAACGUCAAAGCUGCAGCUGACACCAACUCCUUAAGUAGCAUGAGCCAGCAAAGUGUGACCAGUAGCAAAAAGAAGAAGAAAUCUAAAAUCAUUCGACGUGUUCUCAAAUACUUUCGACCCUCAAAGUCCGAAGAAGCUAUAAUGGUGGCCCAUUAA